AAAUAAAUAUUAACAAAUGCAAUCGGUGGGAGAGGAAAGGAAUACAAUAUUAUGACAUAAUUUACGUCAGAUGAGGAGUAAACUUGCUGCAACUGUAUAUUAGUAGUGUUUAAUGUUUUCUAAGAUGUGACAGUACAUAAAAGGCCGACGUUUCUGUACUAAAAUAGAUAUUUUGACGCCUUGACCUAGCUCGUGCCAUUACUAUUCCUAAUGCAGGUACGCAAUGACCGUAAAGACUUUAAAAUUAAUGCCAAAACCCAGAAGACUGUUAUAACGACAAUACCUAUUAUAGUGAUAUUAGUAUAGUUAAUUAUAGACAAAAAAAUAAUGUGAUAACGAAAUAACUAGUUUAAAAAAGUGUUUAAUAUAAUUAAAAAAAUAAUAGCAAAAAAUGAUUAUAUUAGUGCGUUCAGUACGUGCGAUGGCGUCGUUUGCGGCGCAGGCGGCUCUGCGAUCUAGAUGGAGUUCUCUAAUUGAAUCUACCAGCGUCGAUGUGCCCGGGGAAGUCACUGAUGGAGUCCGUUCAGUCGUCGGAUGGUUGAAACAGGCGUCUCUGGAAGUGCGUCAAGUGGGCAGGCGUGCUGUCAGCCAGUUGGCUGGUCGAGGAAUGGGAGACGAGGUCGUCAUCAUACACUUCAACGAUGUUUAUAACAUCGAACAGACUACUAACACGGAGCCAGUGGGAGGUGCCUUAAGGUUCAGCACAGCGGUCAAAUCACUCCAGCAUCUGAACCCUCUAGUCCUUUUUAGCGGAGAUGUCUUCUCGCCAAGCAUGUUGAGCACGUUCACAAAAGGCGAGCAAAUGGUACCGGUACUGAAUGAAAUCGGAACGCAUUGUGCCGUGUUCGGAAACCACGAUUUUGAUUUCGGUCUAGAAGUCCUAUCAGGGCUAGUGGCUCAGUGCAACUUCCCGUGGCUGAUGUCGAAUGUGAUAGACAAUGAGACGGGGCGACCGCUCGGCGACGGCAAGAUCACGCACGCGCUCAUGUGCAACGGACAUAAGAUCGGGUUCAUCGGAUUGGUUGAACAGGAGUGGUUGGAAACUCUAGCGACCAUAAACCCAGAGGAGGUGACGUUCAUUGACUUCGUACAGGCCGGUACUAAACUAGCGACACAAUUGAAACAAGAGGGCUGUGAAUACGUGAUAUCACUGACACACAUGCGAACUCCGAACGACAUAAAGCUUGCUGAGGGCUGCAAUGACAUCGACCUCAUACUGGGAGGACAUGAUCAUGUGUACGAGGUCUUACAUAUAAACAACAAAUACGUGGUGAAGAGCGGCACGGACUUCCGCCAGUUCAGUAAGAUCAGCAUCAGCUUCGGUGACGAGGGUGUACAGGUCGAUAUCGCGGAGAUGGCCGUCACCUGCGCGUACGCAGAGGACCUGGUUCUCAAGGAGAAAACUGAUAAAUAUUCCUCAAUGAUCGAAGGCAAAAUGGACGAGGUACUUGGCAAGAUCUGCGUUCCACUGGAAGGUCGGUUCUCCUGCAUCAGACGGCAGGAGUGCAACCUUGGGAACUGGAUCUGUGAUAUACUCCUCGCUGCUACGGGGGCCGAUCUGGUGCUACUCAAUUCUGGCACUUUUAGAUCUGAUCAGGUCCACGCAGCCGGUGACUUUACUCUCCGAGACCUGUCUACAAUAAUCCCCAUGCGAGAUCCCCUGGUUGUGGUGGAAGCCACCGGGGAGGUGAUACUGCAAGUCUUGGAGAACUCUGUGUCUAAAUACCCAAGCUUGGAGGGACGGUUUCCUCAGGUGGCCGGAAUAUCGUUCGCCUUCGACCCAUCGAAGCCUCCAGGGCAGAGAGUGGCGGAGCAGGUAGUGAAGAUCGGAGACGAAUACCUGCAGAAGGAACAGGUGUACCGCCUGGCUGUCAAACAGUACCUACACAGUGGGAACGAUGGGUUUACCAUGCUGCCUAAGUGUAAAAUACUGAUUCCUGAAGACAUGUGUCCGGAGAUAGGCAUGGCGAUCCAGAACCACUUCGCGGCCAUCAACGUACGCACCGGACGGUCGCGGCCGAGCAAACAUCGACAGUCGCUCGUUACACUUAGUCGGAGACACAGCCUGGUGAAGAUGUUGGACGGCAGUGAGUUGGACGGUCCGCCGCCGCUGCGGCGCGCCUCGUCCGCCGCCGCCGAGCCAAUCUCACACACUGGACACCACAGGUUAACACGGCGAGCCUCGCUAGACGACCUGGAACAGCAGUCCUGUGAGCUAGCGCCCAAACUGGAGAACAGGAUCAUAGUGCUCAAUAAACCAGAGGAACUACAAGCCUUAAUCGCUGAGCGAACUCGCUGGGAAUCAGACACCGUCAUCCGUGAAGUGGAUGAUGAAGGUUCCCCCUAAGAUCUACCUUCCCUGUACGGCUGCUUCAUUUGGUACCGGCACUUUCAGAAGUAGCACUGUAAGUACCACUUGACACUACGCCACUUGGUACCACAGUUACAGGAUAUCGUUUCCACAAGGUACCAAAGACUUUUUAGUGAUAUUUCGGUUGUACAACGGUACCAACUUUUGUGUGUUAAUUUAUUUAUUUUUUGAAGUGUAUUUUGUGUGGUACUAAAAAGUACCAGUUGAUUAUUUUUUGGAUCUUGUGUCUGUCUACUAAAAGUAGUGAAGGAAUGAUUAUUUUUUGUCGAUAUUGUUACAUAUUUUUUUAUUAUUGACUGUUGAAUUUUUAUUUUUGAAAAUACAAUUUUGUCACUGCAAAGUUUAAACGUAAUUUGAGCGAGAAACUGUUAGUAAUAAAGAAUUCUCGUAUCGAACGUACACACUUUAGGUCGCUGAGACAACAGACUAAUUAAAGCUAUACGAAAUAUAAAUCUGUAUAAUGCGAGCAUAAAUUAAACUUUUUAGUGACAAUAUUGAUACACGGUGAAUUUAUUUUAAAACUGCAUAUUACAUCGAUUUAGGAGGCGACAGGGAAGAAUUAAUCGAUUGAUUGUUAUCAUACGAAUAAAGUAGGGAGUGUUUGUAGUAAUGUAGACGUAGAUGGUGAAUUUAAUUGCGUUUUGGUUGAAGUGAAUAAAGCCUAGCAUUACGUGCCGUAAUGUGCAUCUCUGCCUACCCCUUCGAGGAUAAAAGGCGUGACGUUGAAUAAAGCCAUUUUAUGUCAAUAGUCUUUAUCAUUUCACGUUAGGAUAAAAUAAGUCAAAUCAUUCUAAAGGUUUGUUUAAGAAAAUGGCAAGUAAUUUGGAAUUGUGUUUCUAUGCUGGUAACUAGCAAAUACUACCAAUACUCUUAAAUUUUGAUAGAGUUAUUUUCACUUAAAAUUAAAAUGAUUAAUCCAGAAAUCGGAAUCGAAAUUCUUCAGAAACUAUUUGACAAACAUGACAGUUAAAAAGUAUGUUUUAUUCACUUCAACCAUUCAUUGGAUUGGUAGAAAGUUAAAAUAAUAAUAUCGAGCUUGAAUUCGAGAGAGGUAUAAGCAGAACACGUAGUUUACGAUCAAAGUUGUUAGUCGCCUUCACAACAAUUAAAGAAAUCGACUUUUUCGUAAACGAAUUAUCGCAUAAUUCUUAUUAUUACUCGCGUAGUUACAUCACUAGGUGGCGCUGUUGUAGUUUUAUAGGCAUUAUUAUGUACAAUUAAGUAUAAAAUCAUUGCAAUGUUGUUUAAUUUUAUGUGAUAUAUCUUAUAUGUCUGUCUCUUUCCCACUUUUGUGAAAUCUAUAUGAGUUAGAAAGAGACAAACAUACUAAUGCCGAUUCUUAUAAUCUCAAUACUUUUAAUUACCUCUCAUUGUGAUAAUAGUGUGAUAUUAUUUACAAUUUUCAUAUAAGUUUUAAACUUAAAGGGUUAGUCACCGUAAUACUACGACAGCGCCACCUAGGUAUAGUGAAAUUCCGUCUAUUUUACGUUCAAUUAUUAUGUCAGAGAUCAAAUUAGGUCGGAAUAGAUAUCUACCUCAUGCAUAGUAUUCAAUCUUUUUUAUGUGGACCACUAUAGUAGUCAUUCUUUCUGCUAACGUCUACUGCUGAACAGAAGGGGAAAGGGGGAAGGUUUUCCAUAUAACCCCCACACUUGGCAGGCCUUAGCGUGGGGAUUAUGGAUUGAGAAUCACAGUUAGGUGGCCAUUUAAAAGAUGUUCAUUGCUCGACCCUUGCCAUUUUUCCCUUACUAUUUUGGGGUCUCCCCUCAACAACACGCUAAAAGUGAUACUGCAUUAUUCACAAGACCAGUUGUCAGAUUUUUAGGGCUUCCAAAUUGCUAUAAUGACCACCAGUCUUUCUAGUCAAACGCUAGCCUGAUAAAAUAGAAAGUUAAACCUUUCCCUGUCCCUGUUAUUGCCAAUUUGGUCUUGUGUGACGUAAAAAGUACAAGUAAACCAACAAAAAGAAAAUUUUGUUGUUG